AUGUCCAUCACCAAGACAAACCAGGAGUGGGAGGCCCUAAUCACCUCAAUCAAGGCCUCAAUCCCAGAAACUCCAAGCCACGAGCAAGCCCCAACACCCGCUAAGAUCAACCGCACCAUCGACCACACCCAGCUAGCACUCACAGCAACCGCAGACCAAAUCACCGAGCUCUGCGCCCAAGCCUCAAAAUACCAAUUCGCAACAGUAUGCGUCCGCCUCGCGCACGUUGAACAAGCAGUGGCACACCUCAAAUCCUCACCAGACGUUGGCGUCGCCUGCGUCGUGGGCUUUCACGAAGGCAUGUACGAGACCUCCGAGAAGGAAGACGAAGCCCGCAAGGCCGUCGCCCUAGGCGCCACAGAGCUCGACAUGGUACUCAAGUACCCACUUCUCAGAUCCAAGCAGUAUGCCGAGGUUUACUCGGACAUCCUCGGCGUGCGGAAUGCGGCCCCUGCACCUGUAGGCCUGAAAGUUAUCCUGGAGACCUCGCAGUUAACCCGGGACGAGAUCAUUGCGGGCUCGCUUAUCUCUUGUGUCGCCGGGGCGGACUUCAUUAAGACCAGCACGGGGUUCAACGGGGCUGGUGCGACGGUUGAGAAUGUGGCGCUCAUGUAUGAGGUUGCGAAGGCUGUUGGCAAGGGCACCAAGGUUAAGGCUAGUGGUGGCGUGCGCUCGGCACAGGAUUGUAUUAAGAUGUUGAGGGCUGGCGCGGAGCGUAUUGGGGCUAGUUCUGGGGUGAAGAUUGUGCAGGAGGUUGAGGGCCAGGAGGUACAGGAGCAGGGGGGCUCCAGUGGGUAUUAG